GGCAUCAACUCGAUUUGCUCGCCAUGUUCUCUCUGACGGUUCUACCGCGUGGCACGCUCUCCACAGCGUUGUGCCUGCUGUUGCUGCGACUGUCGCGGAGGAGGAGCCGUCUUCAGCGAGGCUUGUGGGCGCUGCUACCAUUCCUGGCAGGUCGUUGUUUUUUGGCGUGGCGGAGAUGGUAUAGUGCCUAUGGAAGACACCCAGGAACCGCCCAGCAGAGAGCGUUGUGCUUCAAUCCCUCCGUGCAAGCAGCAGAUUUUGAAGAACGCUUCAUUGGCAAGGCCUCCAGUUUAAAACCUCGCUACGACUUCAUCGUCAUCGGUUCCGGUAGCUCCGGUUGCGCCGUGGCCGCGCGCCUUGCGCGCGCCGCGCCGGCGUCGGUGCUGCUGGUUGAGGCGGGCGGCGAGGCGCAGCGCUCGGGCAAGACGCAGCAGGCGCGGCAGGCCUUCAGCUGUUGGCAAUCCGAAAUCGAUUGGGGCUUCAGAUCUACACCUCAACAGAACCUUUUGCCCAAGGGAAGAGUCUUGGAUCUGGAACGCGGCAAAACCUUGGGCGGCUCCAGUGCCAUCAACUACAAUUUGUGGGUCCAUGGUGCGCCGCAGGAUUUCGAUCGUUGGGAGACGCAGUAUGGCUGUACUGGAUGGAGUUACAAAGACGUUUUGCCCCAUUUCCAGUGCCUAGAGCGUGUCUCGCCUGACUACUCGGAGGCGCGGGGGAAGGAAGGUCCCAUUGCUGUGGCAAAGCUCUUCCCCGCUCUGGAAGAGGUGGAGGAUUUCAUGAAAGCCUGCGAGGAAAAUGCGGAUGCUCAACGUGUGGCCGAUUACAAUGCUGGCAGUUUGGCAGGGGUGUCACCCGUACAGCUGUGCACAGAUGGCACAGGUGGAGGACGACAGGACUGUUUCUCCACUCUCGUUGAGCCCUUGCUGCGGAGCUGUCCCAACUUCCACGUGAUCUCAGAGACCUUCUGCCGCAGGGUGCUCCUGGAGGGCAGCGAUGGGCUGAAAGCGACAGGUGUGGAGCUGGAACUGCGCAGCGGCAAAAUUCUCCAAGUCCAAUGUGACAAAGAGGUGAUUUUGAGCGCCGGCGCCCUGCUGUCCCCACAGCUCUUGAUGCUGUCGGGCAUCGGGGAUGCGAAACAUCUCAAGGAGCAUGGCAUCCCAUGUGUCCUGGAUCUGCCAGCGCUUGGAAGGAACCUGUCGGACCAUCCCAUUUUACCCGUCCUGGUGGAGAUGCCAGACGGCCGGAAGCUGCCGAGUCGUUUCCAGAACUCCUGCGGGACGCAUGGCGUCUACUUCUGGCAGUCCAAGAUCGGCCAGAGCCGCGAGGAACGUCUGGGGAAAUCCAUGGGAAGUGACCUGGAAACCAUCUUCAACUCACGAAUCGAACUGAGUCUCUAUCCCAAGGUGAUGGUCCAUGAACUCGCUGCGUUGUUGUCGAAGCUCACCGCAGACUAUCGCAGCUGGCUGCCGCUGCGAUUCCUGUCGGACCUGGCGUUGCAGUGGGGACGCUGGAAAGAACGCAGUGGAGACGGGGCCUUUUCGAAAGCGUUGGAGCUGAUGACCAUCUUGAACCAUCCACAAAGUCGUGGUGCGGUGAAGUUGCGAUCUGCUGAUCCGCAUGCGGCGCCUGCGGUGGAUCCCAAUUAUCUGUCGGAAAAGGAGGAUGUGGAUGCCAUGGUGGAAGCCUUUAGGCGGAUGCUCCGCAUCUUCUCCGCUCCCUCCUUGGCGCCCUACGUCUAUGCCUUUCAUCCCGCCACACCAGCAGUGGAUGCGACCGAGGCUGAAAUCAGUGACUAUGUGCGGAGCAGCAUCCGAACCACAUGGCACUACAGUUGUACCACUCGCAUGGGGCCGGCAACAAAGGAGAAUGUCUGCGACCCACAGGGCCGAGUGCAUGGGGUGAAAAAUUUGCGUGUGGCCGAUGCAGGCUUGAUGCCGGAAGUGGUGAGUGGCAACACACACGCAGCGUGCGUGAUGAUUGGCGAUCGCAUCGGAUCCUUCAUUGUCUCCGAACAUGCACCAAAGCUAUGAGGCUUCCACUGGUUCCAAUAGAGACUGGGACCGAGUUUCAGCUGCAAAGUCAGCUUCAAAUCAUGAGAAAUUCAUGGGUUUUAUAUGGUUUUAUAGGGUGUACAGAGAUGGCCAGAUUGGUUUCUCGCUUCUUAGUUGCUAAUCCCAGGCAAUGUCAUCGGGGCCAGGGAUUAGCCAAUUAUCAUUGGAUUGGUAUAGUAUAAGCGG